AUGGCAGUAGCAGCUGUGAAAUGGAUGAUAUCAAACAAAGCUGUCUUGAAACAUUUCUUUCCAAUUCAAAAUGGAGCUUUAUACUGUGUUUGCCAUAAAUCCACGUAUUCUGCUCUUCCAGAUGACUAUAAUUGCAAAGCAGGGCUUGCUUUGACAUCUGAUGGCAGGACGAUAGUUUGCUACCAUCCUUCUGUGAGCAUUUCAUAUGAACACACAAAACCUGUGCAUAAUUAUGAAGAAACACAGGAUCAAGUACUGAAAACCAGACUAGAAGAAAAAGAUGAACACCUUGAGCAAGGACCCACGAUAGUACAAGUUAACAAAGUGUUUUUUACUACUAAGCACCGCUGGUAUUCUCGUGGACAGUAUCACAGACAUCGUAAGAAACUGAAUCCUCCAAGAGACAGAUGA